GUUGUCUUUAACGGCAUUUUAUUAGAGAAGAAUCUUCUGUAACUGAAAAAUAUAAAAUAAAAUAAGUCGGAAAAACAAUUGAGAGCAUCAGGAGGUGUAUUUUCGGUGAGCUUGGCACCGACGUCGUUCUGUCAGAGGUCCACCCAACCAACACUUACUAUACCCACUGGGUGGAGGACUGAGCACCAUGAAAUUCGCUGCCCCCGCGGGCCAACCACAGCUACCACUGCUCUGUCCGUAACUCUUAUUCUCCUCCCUGGUUUCCGGCGAGAGAGAGAGAGAGAUUUGGGGAAGACGACGAUGCUUCCUCAGCAAUGGGCGUCUCCCUGCGGAAGUCAGUGCACGACCAAAUACGCUGCUCUUACGCAGAUCCCAUGGAGAGUGUUUUGCAAAAAAGGGUGCAACUCUGAUGCAGAAACGUGGGAGGAAUGCUUGGGGGAUUGCGAUGAGAUAUGCUAUAAGGACCCUGUAUUAAAAAAUCACCAAUGGAGUGCUUACAUUGAUCGUUCCCCUGGUGCUGCCACUUACUCAGAGGAAUGCUUCUAUGCUUGUGUUGCUGGCUGUGGUUACAAGUUUGAUAUCCAAUCAGACAUUGUUAGUAAAGUUCGUCCAAACAGGCCACUGAAGCCACCCCCCGUUCAAAAACAACCUCCCACGGCUGUCAAACCCAGUGCGACCACUGAAGAUGUACCCUGCACCUCUGCAUAAUGACACAUGAAACUAUAGUUGUCAUAGUUUGGCUGGCUGACUAGUUUAGGAAACUUUCUUACGAAAGAAUACACCCAGACAAUGCCUAGGCCCUUUUUGUUUGCCUAAUCUCAUGUUCGUUGACCCACAAGUCCUUUUUACCCAUUGGGAUCAUCAAGCUUUAGAUAAAAUCUAUAGUUUUUAACAUUUUAGGUACCAUAGUUUGGAUGACUAACUGCAACUUUGAACCUUACUUCACUGAUGAUGCCAAGUCAUAUAUUGAUAUGGGGAAAGAUCUUGGGAAAUAGCCAUUUGUCAAAACUAAAAGUUUCUUCUCUGAAAUCUGAUUUCUUUUGUGGCUUUGUAAUAUUGUUUCAUCCACUGCUCCAAGUAGAGUAGUUUAAUGCAUACAAGGGGAGCAAAAUUUGAAUGUCAAUGAGAAUCUGAUCUCUGUUAUCCAUUUUCUCUACUAAAAA